AUGAGUGCUUCCCCCAUUGACGAUCAUAAACGUAAGCAUUCAGAAACAGAAGUAUUAUGGAAUAAUGAUUCUGAUGUUACAUCUAAACGUUUUCGUUCAUCGUCACCGUUAAAUUAUUUAUUUAAUGCUCUAAAUGAUAUAGUUCAAUAUCAUCGUGAUAAAGUUCAUGAAAUCGUUGAUUUUCAACGAGAAUAUGACGCCUCUAUUGAAUUGACAAAAGAUGAACAACAUUUUUUUCAAACGGAAGAAGAUUAUAUAAAAGAUGUGCAAUUUAAAAUCGAAGCAACAAGAAAUAAGGUGACUAAUGAAAUAGAUAAAGUACCAGUUCGAACUAUUGUUCCUUCAUCUCAUGGCAAACGUCAACGUGGACAAUUAUCGACGCGUUUGACAUUAAAUCGUACUCAUCCAUCGUCAAACGAUCAACAUCCAACAUCGACACGUGUUGCAUAUGAAACGGAUAUAUUAAAACGUGUUGAAAAAUUAAAAUCCGAAGGAAAAUGGUUGAGUGAAAAACGUCUAACAAAAUCUAUUGAAUAUCAAAAACGUAAAACACAUUGGGAUUAUUUACUAGAUGAAAUGCAAUGGUUAUCAGAAGAUUUUCAACGAGAAAAAAAAUGGAAACAAUUAAUGGCUAAAAAAUUAUCACAAGGUGUUUUAAAAUAUUUUAAAGAAAAAAGUCAACAUCAAGAUCAAAAAUCAAAAGAAGAAGAAAAACGUAAACGAAAAACACAUCAGUUUAUUUGUAAAGAAGUAAUGAACUUUUGGAAAAAUAUACAAAAAAUUGCUGAAUAUAAAGAAUCCACUCGAUCAAAAGAGAUUCGUCGUCAUGCAUUGGAUUUACAUCUUAAUUUUAUCGUUGAUCAAACAGAAAAAUAUUCAAAUUGGCUUGUUGAGUCAUUAAAGCCAGAACCUGUUGACGAAGAAUCAAGAGCAACAUCGGAAAGUCCUAGUAGCGAGAAAAUAUCAACAGCAUAUCCAUUAACGAAUGGUAUUGAUAAUAAAACAUCAAUCGAGCGUUCAUCGUAUCCAACUCGUUUAAGAUCAACUCGACAAAUUAAUGAUAAUAAUGGUAGUAGUAGUAGUCAAGAACUUGCUGGUGAAAUCAAACUUGCAUCAAUCGAUGAUGAGAAUGAUAAAGAAUUUCAGUGUGAUGAAGAAGAAAUAGAUGAUAAUGAGCAGACAAUAGAAGAAGAAGAACAAAUGGAGACGCCUGAGACAGCAACAAAUGAAUUGGAUUUAUUAGAAAAAGAUCAAGAAGAAUCAAUUGAAAGUUUAUUGAAAAAAUAUUAUGGAAUUGACGUCAAUGCUGAACAAUCAAAUUCAUCGAGUGAAAAAGAAAACAUUGAUACGACAAUAUCACCAUCUAGUCAAAAUUAUUUUGAAUCAAUAAAGCAUGAAGAAGACGAUGAUGAAAGUGAUGAAGAUGAUCAAUCAACAAGAACACCAAAUGUAGAUGAUGUGAAAAUAGAAAAAACAUCUGUCAAGGAAGAAAAAACAAAUAAAGAAUUGGAUGAUAUGGCACUGACAGCACAAGGUUUACAACCGACAGGUUUUACUCUAACUACAACAAACGUCAAAACGCCGAUACCAUUUUUAAUCAAACAUUCAUUACGUGAAUAUCAACACGUCGGAUUAGAUUGGUUAGUUACAUUAUAUGAAAACAAAUUGAAUGGUAUAUUAGCUGAUGAAAUGGGUUUAGGUAAACGUAAAACAAUUCAAACAAUAGCCUUAUUAGCUCAUUUGGCUUGUGAAAAAAGUGUAUGGGGUCCGCAUCUGAUUGUUGUUCCAACAUCUGUCAUGUUAAAUUGGGAAUUAGAAUUUAAAAAAUGGUGUCCAUCAUUUAAAAUCUUGACAUAUUAUGGUAGUGUAAAAGAACGUAAAGAAAAACGUAAAGGCUGGACACGUGUAAAUGCAUUUCACAUUUGUAUUACAUCUUAUAAAUUAGUUUUGCAAGAUUCAAUUGCAUUUCGUCGUAAAAAAUGGAAAUAUUUAAUAUUAGACGAAGCUCAUAAUAUUAAAAAUUUUAAAUCACAACGUUGGCAAAUAUUAUUAAAUUUUCAUAGUCAGCGUCGUUUAUUAUUAACUGGUACACCGUUACAAAAUUCAUUAAUGGAAUUAUGGUCACUUAUGCAUUUUCUUAUGCCAAAUUUAUUUGCCUCUCAUCAUGAAUUUCGUGAAUGGUUUUCAAAUCCGUUAACAGAAAUGAUUGAACAUGGUCAAGAACAAAAUGAUGCAUUAAUUAAACGUUUACAUAAAGUAUUACGACCAUUUUUAUUACGUCGUCUUAAAAUAGAUGUUGAAAAACAAAUGCCAAAAAAAUAUGAACAUUUAAUAUUAUGUAAAUUAUCUAAACGACAACGUUUUCUUUAUGAUGAUUUUAUUGAAUGUAGAUCGACCAAAGAUAUUUUAUCACAAGGACAUUAUAUGUCUGUUAUAAAUAUAUUAAUGCAAUUACGAAAAGUGUGUAAUCAUCCUGAUUUAUUUGAACAACGACAAGUACAUUCACCUUAUUCAUUAAACUUAAAUACAUUACAAAUAAAUAUGCCAAAACUUGUUAUUGAUGAUAUUAAAUUAAAAAAUCCACUACUGAUGUUGAAUAAUAAUCUGUUAAAUAAUGUGUUUCUAUGUUGUCGAGUUAAAUACACAUUACAAGCAACAAAACAAGCCAUCCAAAGUACAAUAGAUCAUUCACCAUUAAUGAACACAAAUGAUUUGACAAUGAUGAAAACCACAAUAACAAAUAAGAAGUUGAAUUUGGAUGAUUAUAUCAAUGAAGAAUAUAAACCAGAAAAAAUAUAUUUUAAUAUUGUUAAACAACGUAAACAAAGUCGUUUAGAACGAUUACAUUUAAUGGGGCAUUUAAAUGUUGAUCGUUGUUCAUUUAUGCCAGUGUACGGUGAAGAUAUGAUUGAUCAAGUUCAAUUGGUUAUGAAACAAUGUCGUUUUAAACAUUCAUAUAAUUCAUGGUUGCAUGAUGGUUAUUCGUUUUGUCAUAAUAUUCAACGUUCAUUAUCAAAAAAAGAUUUUUUUUUACACACAAAUUGUUUAAAAAACUUAUUGAAGUUAAAUGAGCAAUUAUUAGAUGAUUGUUAUUCAGUAUUAAAUAGAUUUGUAUUGUGUACAAUUCGUGUAUUGAGUCAACCAAUUGAAUUAUAUUCAUCCGGUUAUCCUCUUUAUAGAUAUGAUGAAUUAAACCGUCCAUUAAUUGAAGUAAUAUCUUCGACUAAUUUUGACGUAUUAUCCUCUUUAAGUCAAAUAAAACAAAAUAUGCUUUUACAAUUUCCUGAACGUCGUUUAAUUCAAUAUGAUUGUGGUAAAUUACAAGCAUUGGAUAAAUUAUUAUCAACAUUGAAACAUGAAAAACAUCGAUGUCUAAUAUUUACACAAAUGACAAAAAUGUUAGAUAUAUUAGAAUUAUUUUUAAAUCAUCAUGGUUAUACAUAUUUAAGAUUAGAUGGUACAACACAAAUUGUUCAACGACAACAAUUAAUGGAAAGAUUUAAUUCAGAUGAAAAAGUAUUUUGUUUUAUAUUAUCUACGCGAUCAGGUGGAAUUGGUGUUAAUUUAACGGGCGCUGAUACUGUGAUAUUUUAUGAUUCGGAUUGGAAUCCAACCAUGGAUGCACAAGCUCAAGAUAGAUGUCAUCGAAUUGGACAAACGAAAGAUGUACAUAUUUAUAGAUUGAUAAGUGAGAAUACUGUAGAACAAAAUAUAUUGAAAAAAGCACAACAAAAACGUUUAUUAGGUGAUUUGGCUAUUGAAGGUGGUUGUUUUGAUGUUCACUAUUUCAGAAAGAAUAAUAUUCAAGAUUUAUUUGAUCAAUCGACAUCACUCGAUGAUAUUGUUCGAGAACGAAAUGAAUAUCAACAACAAAUGGAAACAAAUCGUACAACAACACCAGAGAGUAGUUUAUCGUUGACACAAUUUGAAGAAGCACUUGCAUCAGCUGAAGACGAGACAGAUCGUAAUGCAACGGAACAAUUGAAUAAUGAAGUUAAUGAUGAUACAAAUGAAUUUGAUAAUGAGGAUAACGUUGGCGCAUCAAAAGAAGAUCAACUAAUUGAAAAACAAAAACAACAAAUGGACAAAGUUGAACAAGACUUAAAAAUAAUAGAUGAACAGCUAAAACCAAUCGAACGUUAUGCACUAAAAUUUGUGGAAUUACAUCGUGGAAAUGAAUCAUCGUUGGAUCAAUCAGCGACAGGAUCACAAUUAAAUUAUUUUGACAGUGAACAAAUUCGUAAAGAUUGGCAUUUAUCACGUUUGAAAGCAUUGAAAGAAGAAGAAGAAAAAUUUCGUGAAAUGGAAGAAGAUGAGAUAAUGUUUGUUGAUGUUCACGAUAACGAACGGAAAAUGAAAUAUGCUUAUACAUAUUUGAGUGCACAAAAUAGUCUUGUAGCAUCAGAACUAGCUAAACAUGAAAAAACAAAUCCUAAUCAGGAUGCUAAUAGUAAUCUUCCAUCUUUAUCUUUGCCGAUAAAAGUAAAACAGAAACGUAGUAAACAACAAUCGAUUCAUAAUGAUAUUAUUAGAGAUAAGAAUAAACGUCGUGGAAGACCACCAAAACUUAUUACUGUUAAUCCCAUAGAACCUCUACCUACUCCUCCUGUUAAUAGAAUUCAAUCACCACUUCAUCCAUCUGUGAUUCGUCGUCCCCCAGUUAACCAACAACAAGCACGAGUUCCACAAAUAAUAAUGCCAAAAAGAAAUCAGUUCAAUCACAGUUAUGAUGAAUGUACAGAAACACUAGCUGUAAAUGAUGAAGAUCAUGAUAGUAAUGAUUUAUCGGAUAUAUUCUAUUCUAAAUCGAAGACAACAUCAGCAAUAAAUAGACGUCCAAUACCACCUAAUAUGACAAUAAUUCCACAACAACAAACUUCUCUUCCACUGACGGUGACAAAUUCUGCACCACAGUUAAAUAAUAAUAGCAAUACAAUAUGGAUUGUAAAUACCGCACCUACACUUAAUCAACAAACGGUUGUCUCAUUACUGAACAAUUUUUAUCAACAAUCACCGACAGUUUCUCAAUCUGUAGUUAUCAAUACUCAACAUCAACAGCAGCCAACAAUUACAAAUUUAAUAACAGAACAACCGAGUGCUCAUUCUCCUCGUCCUAUUCAAAUUUCUACAGCAUCUGUCUACAGACAAAGUCCGAUAGUCAAAACAGUACAAUCAAGAAUAUUUGAUUAUCCUUCACAAUCUCCAUCAACUUCACGUGUACUAAGUGCAGGCACUGUUUAUCGUGCUUCAUCAUCAUCUACCAGUACGAUGAGAAAUUUAUCCACUUCAUUAUUACAUCAGACACAAUCUGUAUCAUCUUCGUCUUGUUCAACACCGUCGAAUAAACUAAUCUAUCAAAUAUCACACGGUUGUGUGAUACAAAAGAAAUAA